UCAUCUCAUCCACUCGCCCCAGACAUGACCUCAUAAAGCCUGAACCUUAUCUCCACCCGGCCGAACCACACUGCCGUAUAACUGACUGUGAGUUUCACAUGGGGCUUUCAUACUAAUCAGGUAGUAUUUUACCUCUAUAAUCUUCUCUAAUCUAUUUUCUCCAUCUCAUCCUUUUUUUUUCAAGAAAAUGUGUAUGACAUGGUAGAGCAUUUCAUAGAAAUUCUAAUAAAGAAUAUGGGAUGCGAAGGUUUUUUAUUUGAAUUGAUGCCUUAAACUAAAUACAUCCAGACAGAAGCCUCUUUCUUUACGGUAAUACAACAAAUGAAAUACAGUAAAAGUAGAAAAGGUACUGGCAUACCCAAAUACCUACUUCAUAAUACCUUCGAUGUAACAUCUCCAAUUUGAGUAUUUCUUGUCUGUGUUUGUCUGGCGGAUGCACCGCAGAUAAUACGAUUAAAGGUUUAUUGAGAACAGAAGCCUCUUAAGUCGUUGCUGUUGUCCGAAACCCGCUGGUGAAAACAUUCUCUCCUGACAAAGGACCGUCCCUCUCAAUGAAUGGACCACAAAGCAGGAUAACGCAGAUCAAAUAUAACAUUCUCCACAAUAAUGGCAGUAGGUCGGUUCUCACAAGCGUUGCUGGUGCUUUUUUGCCAUGUUCUCUACUCCAGCUCCUCUUUCCAGCCAGCUCUGGUGCUGGAUAUGGCGAAAAUUCUCCUCGACAACUACUGCUUCCCUGAGAAUCUAGUCGGGAUGCAGGAGGCCAUUCAGCAAGCCAUCAACAGCGGAGAAAUCCUCAAAAUAUCUGACCGCAAGACCUUAGCAUCUGUGCUGACGGCUGGCGUGCAGGGUGCACUCAAUGACCCUCGGCUGACUGUGUCCUUCGAGCCAAACUUUGUCCCAGUGAUGCCGCCGGCUCUCCCAUCUCUUCCCAUGGAGCAGCUCAUCCGGCUGGUCAGAAACUCUGUGAAGCUGGAGGUCCUUGAGAACAAUGUCGGCUACCUGAGGAUCGACCGGAUUAUAGGGGAGGAGACCGCAGCCAAGCUUGGCCCGCUGCUCCGGGAGAACAUCUGGACCAAGGUCACGCACGCCUCCUCGUUAAUCUUUGAUCUGCGCUACAGCACAGCUGGGGAGCUGGACGGAGUCCCUUUCAUCAUCUCCUACUUCUCCGACCCAGAACCUCUCAUUCACAUUGACACCGUGUUUGAUCGGCCCUCCAACACCACUAAGGAGCUAUGGACUAUGUCAUCUAUCAUGGGAGAGAGGUACGGAAAGCGAAAAGACCUCAUCGUAUUAACCAGUAAGCGUACUGUGGGUGCGGCUGAGGCAGUCGCCUACACUCUGAAGCAUUUGAACAGGGCUAUAAUUGUUGGAGAGAGGUCAGCCGGGGGGUCAGUGAAAGUGCAGAAGAUAAGAAUAGGAGAUUCUGGUUUCUACAUCACAGUUCCUGUGGCCAGGUCAGUGAACCCAAUAACAGGCCAAAGCUGGGAAGUGAGUGGAGUAUCUCCCUCUGUAAAUAUCAAUGCCAAGGAGGCUGUUGCCAAUGCCCAAAAUCUACUGGCGGUCAGGAGUGCCAUUCCAAACGCCGUCCAGAGUGUCUCUGACAUCAUCAGGCAGUACUACUCAUUCACAGACAGAGUACCGGCUCUCCUUCAACAUCUAGAAUCCACCGAUUUUUUUUCUGUCAUUUCAGAGGAGGACCUGGCGAAUAAAAUCAACUACGAACUGCAGUCUGUGUCAGAGGACCCUCGUCUGGUGAUCAAACUGACCCAAGAUCCCCCGGUUAUCAUUGAGGAAGACUUUGAACCUGAGAACAUACCAAACGAUCCAGCAUUUCUCAGGAACCUGGUGGAUACAGUCUUCAAAGUACGCAUCCUAACUGGAAACACUGGUUAUCUCCGCUUCGACAAGUUUGGAGAUGUGUCAGUGAUGGCCAUAUUAGGAGAGCAGAUUGCCCUAAAAAUCUGGGAGCCCCUCAAAGACACAGAGAACCUCAUCAUCGAUCUUCGAUACAACACAGGUGGGUCCUCAGCUUCCAUGGGCAUCCUGCUCUCCUUCCUCCAAGACCCGUCACAACAGUUCCACUUCUUCACCAUAUACGACAGGAUCCAGAACACCACCACUGAGUUCAACACGCUUUCCGGCCUCCCAGGCCCACCCUAUGGGUCUAAACGGGGAGUGUACAUCCUGACUAGUUACUAUACCGCUGGUGCUGGGGAGGAAUUUGCUUAUCUGAUGCAGUCUCUUCACCGUGGCACCCUGAUCGGGGAAAUCACAUCCGGGACCCUGAUGCACUCCAAGUCCUUCCAGGUGGAAGACACGGACAUUGUCAUCACUGUCCCCUUCAUAAACAUCAUAGACAACAACGGGGAGUGCUGGCUAGGCGGAGGCGUGGUCCCCGACGCCAUAGUGCUUGCUGAGGAGGCCGUUGACCACACCCAUGAGAUCAUAGAGUUUCACAAGGAGGUUCUGUCACUGGUGGAGGGGACGGGGGAGCUCCUGGAAGUACACUACGCCAUCCCUGAGGUCGCCAACAAGGUCAGCAGAGUGCUGCUCGUCAAAUGGGCCGAGGGCUCGUAUCGAUCGGUGGUGGACUACGAGUCUCUGGCAUCCCAACUGACAACGGACCUCCAGGAGACAUCAGGUGACCACCGGCUGCACGUAUUCUACUGCGACAUCGAACCCGAGUCUCUGCAUGACAUGCCAAAAAUCCCAACAUCUGAGGAGGUGGGUUACAUCAUAGACGCGCUGUUCAAGAUCGAGGUGAUGCCCGGGAACGUGGGCUACUUCAGGUUCGACAUGAUGGCAGACAUAGAAGUGAUGAGAGCCAUCGGCCCUGAGCUGAUUAAACUGGUGUGGAGCAAGCUGGUGAACACGGACACAAUGAUCAUCGACAUGAGAUACAACACAGGUGGUUACUCCACAGCCAUCCCACUCCUCUGCACCUACUUCUUCGAUGCUGAGCCCCUGAGGCACCUCUACACCGUAUUUGAUCGCUCCACAGCCACCAUGACCGAGGUCAUGACCCUGCCUCAGAUCCAGGGUCAGAGGUACGGCUCCACCAAGGACAUCUACAUCCUUACUAGUCACAUGACGGGGUCGGCUGCCGAGGCGUUCACGCGGACCAUGAAGGACCUUAACAGGGCGACAGUGAUCGGGGAGCCGACCAUCGGAGGGUCCCUGUCCAGUGCCACCUACCAGAUCGGGAACAGUAUCCUGUAUGUCUCCAUACCUAACCAGGUGGUCUUGAGUGCUGUUACUGGGAAAUCCUGGGAGGUCGUCGGCGUGACGCCCGAUGUUGAGGUCGAUGCUGAAGACGCCCUGGCCGCUGCCAUUAAGAUCAUAAACCUCCGUGCCGAGGUCCCUGUCAUUCUUGAGGCUACUGGUGCUCUGGUGGCCGACAACUACGCCUUUGAGAAUGUGGGAGCGGACGUUGCAGAGAAGCUGGCGGCAGCGAGCGGCGACUACAACUUGAUAUCUUCAAAGGUGGAGCUGGAGGCAAAACUCUCCGCUGACCUCAUGACACUGUCCGGAGACAAAUGCCUGAAGACCACCCACAACAUCCCAGCCCUGCCACCAAUGAACCCAUCUCCAGAGAUGUUUAUUGAGCUGAUCAAGGUCUCAUUCCACACGGAUCUGUUUGAGAACAACAUUGGUUACCUGCGCUUUGACAUGUUUGGUGACUUCGGAGAGGUUCAGGCCAUUGCCCAGAUCAUCGUGGAGCAUGUGUGGAACAAAGUUGUUAACACUGACGCUCUGAUUGUUGAUCUCAGGAACAACGUGGGCGGACCCACCACUGCCAUUGCAGGCUUCUGCUCCUACUUUUUUGAUGCAGACAAGCAGGUCUUGCUGGACAAACUGUACGACAGACCGUCUGGCACCACUAAGGAGCUGUGGUCUCUGCCUGAGCUCACUGGUGCAAGGUACGGCACCAAGAAGAGCCUGAUCAUCCUGACCAGCGGGGCCACGGCCGGCGCCGCAGAGGAGUUCGUCUACAUCAUGAAGAAGCAUGGCCGGGCCAUGAUUGUGGGCGAGACCACCAACGGCGCCUCCCACCCCCCUGAGACCUUCCGUGUGGGCGAGAGUGAAGUGUUCCUGAGCAUCCCCACCACUCAUUCAGACACAACCCAGGGCCCCGCCUGGGAGGGGGCUGGGGUCGCCCCUCACAUCCCUGUGCCAGCCGACGCAGCCCUGGACACUGCCAAGGGCAUCCUCAACAAGCACUUCGCCGGCGCAAAGAAGUGAACUCCCUGACCGGGGAAGUUGGCAGCCAAAGGGCGUUUAAGAUCUUAUGUUCUCAGAGGAGCAAAGUAUUUAGGGUACAGUUCAAUACACUUCAUUGACCAACUCUAGGGAGCCCGCCUCUGCACCUAGGCCCUCUUUCUGUAGCCUGUUGUAGUGUUCUCAUUUUGCAAGAAUAUGUGAGAGAUUAUGAACCGGAUUGUGAUGGUUUUUACUUAGUUUUUACUUAUGAAAACUACUGUGAUUGUAGAAGGAUUUAAGAAAUGCUAUACUGAAAUGUGACUCUUAAAGAAGUGGUUCAUAAACUACGAAUGUGUGUGUGUUGCUGAUCCACUAGCCCUUGGCCUUGGGUGCUAAGAUUUGUCAAAGCAGCUUCCAUUUUUGUCUGUCCAAAAUAACGUGAAUUGUAUAUUGCGCAAGAACAUGAAAGCCGACACUAGUUUAGAAAGGUGCAUUAAAUCAAAUGCUGAAACAUAUUUUAUUUUCCUCUGAUAUUCUUAUGUAUUUUCGAGUAGCAUUUUUAGGACCUUUACAAACAAAUUGUUCUGUCUGUUGGGGGUGCAUUCUCAAAUUUGAUGCAGGGUCUUUUUGCUGUGUACGGGAAGAAGUGUUGUGUCCAUACACAGUGACUUGCCAUGUAGGGCAAUUUGGGUUGCAUAAAUGCCAAUGGUGGGACACAAUAAAGACAUUGGGAACACAAGAAUAAGUAUCUAUGUUGUGGAUCAGAGGUUAGAAGUGGAUCAAGAAAGCAAAGCAGCUUAUUAUAUUAUAUAACACCAGACACGUUUUGGCCCAACAAUGGAAUAACUACAAAUCCAACCAGAUUUCCUAAAUUCAACCCACUAACACCUAAAAUGGAAUCAAUCCCACCCAUUGUUACACAGACCAGUGAGAUAAACUAUAUCUCAGCCCUGCAGCAAAAACAUUUCAGUACAACUAUUCAUUCAGAUUAGAAUUGUAGACCUUCCCAGAGCAAGUUUCUCAAUUCAAGUAACACGUAACCAUUCUGGUUUCUUCCUACAGUUUCAACUUGGCCUGUUAUCACAAACAUAGUUGAUU